AUGAAAUUUGUGCGUCAAUAUCCUCGUUGGCGAAUCCAUAGCAGACAGCAGCCGUGUUCGGUGUACCUGUGUCGGGAUAUCAGCCUCUCCUGUACCACUUACAUUGUCAUCAGCGGCAAACAUGAACCAUUUGUUGAGAGGGCCAAGAGAAGACUUCGAGAUUGGUUCCUGGAUUAUGACGGCAAUGCUUCUUUUCAAGGCCCGCUGCGUGAUCCCUAUUUCGUCAACCGCAUCCUCUGUCAUGAGUCGUUGCGAGAAGCCGAAUCAGUGAUCCGAGACCUUAGACUCAGACUGUAUGACCAGUUGGAUGUCGUGGACACUAAUGCUGACCAGCCAUUCGACCGAGCGAGUCUCCGCAACGUCACAAACAAAUUGCAUAAGGUAUCCCAAGAUUGCGAGUCUCUUUAUGCUAGCGCUGAAAUGCUUCAUAUGGUUAGCGAAAACAUGUUGACCGCCCGUCAGAGAAUUCUGGAAAUAUCGCCCCGAAUCAUGACGGACAGCAAUGUGGGAGAUUCGUUGAAUUAUCUGAAGGAAGCAAUGAAAGACGACAGUGCUGUCAUGAAGGUGAUCGCGAUUCUCACCGUGAUAUUCCUCCCACCCACAUUUAUUGCCGGAUUCUUUGGCAUGGCAUUCUUCGAAAUGAACCCCGCUGGGAAUUUUGAGGCAUCGAAGAAAAUAUGGAUAUUUUUCGCCACGGCUGGACCUUUGACGGUAUUUACAUUGUCUGUCUGGUGGUUUUGGUGGAGGUGGACUGAUGUCGUAGAGAUGACGAAGGCGGCACAGGGGAAAUCAACCAUUACGCUUUGA